AUGUUGUCGAACCAAGAACUAUUUGACUUGAACAAAAAAGCCGUAAGCCAAGGGCUUAAAAUUAAGCCUCGGCUUAACUACAACACCGUGGGCGGAGUGAACGGUCCAUUGGUGAUUUUGGAGAACGUCAAGUAUCCACGUUACAACGAAAUCGUGAACUUGACGCUUCCUGACGGCACAAUCAGGCAGGGUCAAGUCUUGGAAGUGAGAGGCGACAGAGCCAUUGUUCAAGUUUUUGAAGGUACUUCGGGAAUUGACGUCAAGAAGACUACCGUCGAGUUCACCGGUGAAAACUUGCGGAUUCCGGUCUCGGAAGACACCUUGGGCCGUAUCUUUGAUGGGUCUGGUAGACCUAUCGAUAACGGGCCUAAAGUUUUCGCUGAAGACUACUUGGACAUCAAUGGUUCGCCUAUUAACCCCUAUGCUCGUAUUUACCCUGAGGAAAUGAUUUCCACCGGUAUUUCAGCCAUCGACACCAUGAAUUCUAUCGCGCGUGGCCAAAAAAUUCCUAUCUUCUCGGCCUCUGGUCUUCCUCACAAUGAAAUCGCAGCCCAAAUUUGCAGACAAGCAGGUCUUGUUAGACCCACUAAGGAUGUUCAUGACGGUCACGAGGACAAUUUCUCGAUUGUGUUUGCCGCCAUGGGUGUCAACUUGGAAACCGCUAGAUUUUUCAAACAAGAUUUCGAAGAAAAUGGAUCGUUGGAGAGAACUUCUUUGUUUUUGAACUUGGCCAAUGACCCUACCAUUGAAAGAAUCAUUACGCCUAGAUUGGCAUUGACUACUGCCGAGUAUUUGGCUUACCAAACCGAACGUCAUGUCUUGACUAUCUUGACAGACAUGUCCUCGUACGCCGAUGCAUUGAGAGAAGUGUCUGCUGCUAGAGAAGAAGUUCCUGGUAGAAGAGGUUACCCAGGUUACAUGUACACCGAUUUAUCCACCAUUUACGAGAGAGCAGGUAGAGUGGAAGGCCGUAACGGUUCUAUCACUCAAAUUCCUAUCUUGACCAUGCCAAAUGAUGAUAUCACACAUCCAAUUCCGGAUUUGACUGGUUACAUUACCGAAGGUCAAAUUUCUGUGGAUCGUCAAUUGCACAACAAGGGUGUUUAUCCUCCAAUCAAUGUUUUACCUUCGCUAUCCAGAUUAAUGAAAUCGGCCAUUGGUGAGGGUAUGACCAGAAAGGACCACGGUGAUGUUUCAAACCAGCUGUACGCCAAAUACGCUAUUGGUAGAGACGCUGCAGCCAUGAAGGCUGUGGUUGGUGAAGAGGCUUUGUCCAUUGAAGAUAAAUUAUCUUUGGAAUUCUUGGAGAAGUUUGAAAAGACUUUUAUCUCUCAAGGCGCCUACGAAGACAGAACCGUCUUUGAGAGUUUAGAUCAAGCUUGGUCUCUAUUGAGAAUCUAUCCAAAGGAAAUGUUGAACAGAAUCUCUCCAAAGAUUUUGGACGAGUUUUACGAUAGAACUAGAGACGAUGAUGAAGACGAAGAGCACGAAGAGGAAGACCCAGACAAAAAGCCUCAGGAGGAAUCUUUGAUCUGA